AUGGCCGCCGAUCGAUCGCCCGUCUCUCCCAUCAAGCCGGACGAGGAGUCAGCCACUACGCGCGAAGAGAUAGACAUGGACGACAACGAGCAAGAGACGGGCACCGUCUCUCCGCACGGUCACGAGACGCCCACCAAGCCGUCAGCCAAAGCACCGUCUCCGAGGCCAAGAGUGUCCUUCCAGGAAGGCCACGAAGAGAUCCCACCCACGAAGCCCCCUCGACCAUUGACCCCGAACCAGCAAGCUGAGCACACCCUGAUUGAGGCUUUCCCCACCAUCGAUGCCAAGGUCGUCAAGGCAGUGCUCACUGCCAGCGGCGGCAAGGUAGAGCCAGCCUUCAACGCGCUGCUAGGCAUGUCAGACCCCGACUUCCAUGCAGAGGAGGCAGCUCCUCCACAACCACCACGGCCCGCCCAACGCCAGCCCAUGAGUCAACUGGAAGCCGAUGAGGCUUAUGCGAGACAGCUUGCGGAGCAGUACAGCAGUGGUGGUCAGUCGACCCAGAACCGCUACAACCAACGCGAGCCUGGUCGUCGCGGCCCGAACCAGCAACGUCCGGACUACGACGACGAUGAUCGAGAGCGUAGCUUCUUUGAUGACGAUCUGCCCGAGAUCGGCAAGAACAUUCAGCAAGGUUUCUUGGAAACGCAAAAGAGGGUGAACAGCUGGAUCACACAAUUCAAGAAGAAGAUUGAUGGUGAAGAAGAGGAGGAUCUUUAUGAUGCUACCCCUUCUAACACGAGGCAGAACACAGGUCUUUCGGGCAGACAGAAUUUCGGUGCCAGCCAGAGCGAACAGCUCUAUGGUAUCAGGAGAUCUGCCGAGCAGCAGAGAAGAAGCACUGAAGCACAGCGUUACGAUGCCGAUCCACACGAGUUUGACCACGAAGAAUUCGAGCGUUUGGAGCUCCGGGAUGAUGAGGGCCCUCCGGCCCAGCCUCCUCGAACGAGCAGUCGGACCAAGGCUAAUCCUGACCUCUUCAAGUCAGGCGUUAAGCCUCCGCAAAGCGGCCCUGUAGACGAGGUUGAUGCAGCUGAGCGCCGCCAGCCUGGAAAAGAGGCGUCUGACAAGGACAAGAAGUGGCAACCAUUGACUAGCGUUGCACCACACCCCGAGGACGACAACGACCCUUUCUCGUUGGGAGACGAUGAUGAUGACAAGGACAAGAGCGAGGACUUGCGCAAGGAGGAUACCGAGAGGCUGAAGGAAUCUGCCAGAACCAGCAUUAGUGCUGGCAACACGAGCAACAAUGUAUUGAAGCCGCAAGAAAGCGAGACGAACGGAGGAGUUCGAAACAAGGAAGCCGAGGAGAUCUUGAGCGGCAAGAAAUCAUAG